ACUGCAAUUAAGCAGCUUUUAAACAGGCCUCUAGCUUAAUGGGAGUUUGAUUAGUUAGACAACGUCGGUUAUUUUGACCCAUUCCCCAUAGAGGGCGCUGUGGCAUUUUAAAGACAUGAGUUUGGCUAGAGCGACCAGUAUGCGUUGCGUCCGACUGUAGUUUACGCCACAAAAUUUAAAUUUUGUCCACGAACUUGACCAUCGUUUAGCGUUCUUGCCAGACUUGCAUGCAUGACGAAAAGACGAGCGGAAAACGCCGUUACCUGCAAUGCCCCGUGUAAGCGAUUUAUCCGCUCGUGUGCCAAGAUCGAUACACCUUUGCCUGGCAGGGAUGUAGCCUGCGCAGUUACCGACACACCGCCGCUGCCCACCUUGCCAGGGAACCCCCGCAAAAGAUCCCUUGAGGAGCCAGGUCUGCAGAAGACGGCUCUGCCCCACAAGAAGUCGCCCGCGGACGCCGAAAGCUGCACGGGGGGGAAGUGCACGUUAGACAAUGGGCCGGAGAGAAGUUAUGGAAGAUUCGAGCAGAUGAGCGAUCCCGAGCCGGCUUCAGCAGCGACUCCUAAAAGGCGCAGAGAGGCAGAAGAGGUCCCCCAUAAAAUGUCAAAGUCCGAAGAAGGCUUUCCACCAGAGGAUGACCUCUCCACCUUCAACUCCUUCCAGUUCUGGAGGGUUCCUCUUCCCAGCCUGGACUUGUCAGACUUACAGAGUGAUGGCCAGGAAGCUGCCAGAAGCAUCUCAUCGGAGGCCGACUCCAUGGAAACGUGAAGAGCACUGCUGGCCUCUCAACUUCGCAUAUACUGUCGAACAUACAAGCAGUUUCGUUAACUUUAGUUCUUGUGCAGGUGACAUUCAUGUAACGCGGAACAAUCUUUUGAAUAACUAUCAAAGAAAUUACAACAGCGGUGCUUCUCCCUUCUCUAGUUCAUGGCAAGUCAAGGUUUGCUAGUUCAAAUGCCUAAUUAAGCAACAAUCAUGAUGUUAUAAAACUUUACCAAGUUGAUUUUAGUGAUAGAUUUUUAGAUUUUGUUUUAAUUUUGUUGUAAGAAUGGCCAUUACAUGGUGUGUUACAAAAUUGCUUAAACCAUGCUGUAGCAGUUUUGCAACUUCUUCAGGUUUGGUUGAUUGUGGAUUAAUUUUAUUCUUUGUUGUAAUGUAUAUAGUAACAUUGAUAACGUCUGUUUUUUAGAGAAGUUGAAAUAAAGCAGUUUUUUACAUA